GCCAAACAUGCGUCCUUAUCUCUCCCACCGUCGUGAUAAGGCAAGAAAAUCCUCCAGCUGACUCUUGCACUCCGCGACCAACUGACCUGAUAUCGGACGGCGCAUUCGAGUCUGACUGCUUUUUAUUCAAUCGACGGCUGGAAGAGCAUUCCCAGCUUUCCAAAUCCAUUCCCAUACCAAUAUCUACAGUGAAGAUGUCCAACAUGGCGUUAUCGCACAACGUCACAGUCAACCAGGCGUUAUCGGGGAUCUUUGGCAGCAUCAGUUUAACAGCAUGGAUAUGUCUGCUGAUCCCACAGCUCCUCACAAAUUACAGAGCCAAGUCGGCUGAAGGGCUGUCUAUGGCCUUCCUGGCCGUGUGGCUUUUCGGUGACAUCGCAAACCUCUCUGGUGCUCUCGCGACGGGCCUCGCACCCACGGCAACAGCAUUAGCAGCCUACUUUUGUUUCUCCGACAUCGUCCUCAUCACCCAAUGCCUCUACUACAACACCCUCAACGCGCGACGCGCGCGCCAGCGUGCUCAAUCAACAGCCACCAAUGAGUCGGAGGAGGAGCCGCUGUUGCGCAGACGGAGGACAUCUUCCACUGGGCUUCCAGGCUCGCACCGCCGAAACUCGGUUAGACAUGAAGACUUGGGCUUCGACCCGAUUGCAUGCAUUGUGACGGGUGAAGACGAAACGCCGGGCAGCAACUUGUGGCUCAACAACGCACUUGCUAUUGCCGCCGUGCAUAUCGUUGGAGCAGCCGGCUGGUUCGUCUCGUAUCGAGUUGGUGCUUGGGACGGGCCCGAUACUCCGGAUGAGCCGGCGACGGAGUCGCCAAUUGCAGUUCUUGGUAUGGCGUUAGGAUACCUUAGUGCGCUGUGCUAUCUCUGUGCUCGAAUCCCCCAAAUCAUCAAGAAUUACCGAGAGAAGUCGUGUGAAGGCCUGGCAUUGCUGUUCUUCCUUCUGUCUCUGACAGGCAACUUAACAUAUGGCUUGAGCGUCUUCAGUUACUCUCAGGAGCCCACUUACAUCGUCAAGGCGGUACCAUGGUUGCUUGGCUCCCUCGGAACGAUGGUCGAGGACUUUGUCAUCUUCUAUCAGUUCCGAAUAUACGCCCCUAACCGGGGAUUGAAAAACAACGGAGCGGCGUGAGCAUGCUUGAUUGACGCUAUUGGAGCUUCGGUUGUCUGUCAGUCGUAAACCUUUGCGUAGCGUCAUGUCCUAGAUUUGCAUUAUUGGGGUGCCAGGAACUUGUUUAUUUUGCAUUGGGAAUUGGCCCGGAUGGAGGCUCUCCAAUAUUUAUUGGGAAAUCCUGCAUUGUUGGGGUAUAGAUGAUGGGUUUGAUUUUAUAUACCAAGUCGCGCGAGUUUGUGAGUAACGCAUUGGGCUUUAGCGCUUCGCUGGUUAAUGUAGAGAACAAUUUGAAGACUAAGUGCACACUUCACUACUCAACACUGUAUAAAUAGUUAGGUGAUGGCAAUCAUGAUCGAGG